AUGUGUAUGUCAAGCGCAGAAAAUGCUAUCAAGUUUGCUGCUCGGAAGAAGCAGGAUGAGAAAGUUCUGUUUAUUGUUGAAGGGGAAGAUUUAAAAGCAAAGGUAGCUCAAUAUCACCACUCCUGCUUUAGAACGUUCACAUAUAUUCCAGUAGAAUACGAUAUCUCAACUGAUGAUGCUUAUUCGAAAUUCUGUAGUGAAAUCAUUCAAGACCAUAUUAUUAAGGGGGGGGGUGAAGUAAUAAAGAUCUCGAAAUUGGCAGAAAUUUACAGCAGCUAUUUGCAGCCAGAUGCAGAUGCACUGUAUUUUUCAAAUUGGAACUUGAAGCGGAAGUUGAAGAAAACAUUCCCGUCUUUGAUAUAUAUCAAAGACAUUGCCAACUGUGUGUUGGUUUGCAGUCGCGAACAAAAUACUAUGUUUGUGGCCCAUGCAUCAACAGAGGAAUCUAGUGACGAAGAUGAAGUGCGCACCAUGGGGAAUUUAGAACACAAUGAUCAGCGAGAAUUAUUCAUCUCGUCCCAAAUUGUGAAGAGAGCCAUUGAAAUGUCUCCACGAUUAAAUGUUCCAAACCCCCUGUUGGCCUCCGAUCUCACGGGAGACGCUGCACAAAAAAUUGAACUUUUAAUUGAACUGUUUAGUUUCCUGGCUUGGAUAACUGGUGCAUGCAGUGAACCAGUUUUCGCUAGUGAGAAAAAAUUUGUAGAGCUUGACAACGGACAGUGA